AUGGUUAUUGCGGCUGAUGUCUUGAGAAGAGAAUUCUGUGGAUUAUCUCUUUCUAUUGUAACGAUAGAAGUAGAUCAAUCCUUGAAUGCUUUGAUAAAGUUACAAAUAUGUGAUAUGUGUUAUUUUGACAACUAUGCUUGUCAAUUACAAUCAUACUACUACAAUCUGGAUGUAGCAUCGCAAAGGUUCAUCUCAGAACUAUUUUUCGCGAAGCUACCAGAGCCAUGGCCAGAAGUAGCAAAGAAAGCCUUCGAUCCACUCCUCAAUGAAGACAAGAUAGUUGAUGGCCUUGGAGGAAGAAUAGAAGUGGAAAAUGAGGAGCUAGUCCAUGAACUCGUCGAAGAAGACAAGAUCUAUGACUUAGAUUAUGAAGUUGAAUCUAUUUACGAAGUAGUCUCUGAAUACAAGACUAACUCCGAUGAAGAUUCAUAUCUAUGGAUUGCAUCAAUGUUUAUGAUACACAUGGAUGAAGAGUUAGUUCCAAUCAACUCUGUUCCAGCAAUAGAUGAAUCAUUCCAACAUGAAGAUCCAUUUGAAUCUGCAUUGGAAUGGAAGUUGCCGGAUAUAGACAUCAAAUCUGUUUAUAAGACUUAG